GACACUUUUUGAUUCUCGAAGUUGCGACGCGUGAUACUUAUAUCAUGAUCUAUAGCUAAACUGUUUAUAGACCAUGCUUACAUGAUAGCGUGAAUCUCGUAAGUAGAACAAGACAUAAACAGUUGGUUGUCGCGUGCGGGGGCGAAGGAGCCAGACUUUUUCCCUCUUUAAUGUUUGUGAAUUCACAGUUGUUUUCCGAGAAAACGGUGCAACAUCCUGUCAUACCGAUUUUACGAUUUCAACCGUGUUUGCGACAGACAUGGUGGUAGAAAUUUACAUUCUAGUUAGCACAGUAGAGUAGGCACCUGUUGCCCGCAUAAUGGAAAUGCAAAACGAUUUCAUAUCUCUUCCUCUUUUAAUAUCGUUUAUAUUCCACGAACCUAGAAGUACUGAAACUUCUAUAAAAGGCAAAUGAUCAGUCAAAAAUCGUCAGUUCCCUCAAGGUCCCCAAAUAAUUACAUCGCAAUUUCCUGCUAGAGCCCUAAAUCCCAUUAACUUAAAAAUGCUAGGCAAAUUGUAUUUGGUUGUAAUGGCGAUUUUCACCUUGGCACAUUCGGGUCCGGUAAUUGGCGAUGGGGAUGCCUUAGUUCACAUAUUUGAGGAUUAUGACAAUUCCAACGUUAUUACCAGCCCAGAAGAUUUACCGUCAACAGUGUCCUCGCUAACAGCAGAUGUUAAUGACAAACGACUCCAGUAUUACCUCUGGAUGAAGCGUGCAGCCGAUGGUGCAAGAAGCGGAGGAAUGGGGCGCUCGAAGCAAUUACGCUAUCACCAUUGCUAUUUUAACCCAAUCAGUUGUUUCAAGAAGAGAGCUUAUGAAUCUUCAAAAAUCUCCGAUUCUUAUAUUGGAAGGUGGUAGCCGAGUUUUUUAAUAUAAAAAAAGGUAUUUUCUAUCAAAUGCCUUUCCAUAAAAUGAUGCCUCGCUGUUUCAAAUUGUUGACACUGAAAAUGAACAGCCAUGGCGAAGAAUUCUGUAUUUUGAUUUCGUAUAUAAUAUUACACAAUUAGCCUCUCAA